AUGGCUUCCUUCCAUGUUCGUUCCAUCAGUUUACCUAAAAACUCCCAUCCUCUUACUCUUGCAGUGGAGGAACAAUUGUGCCAACUAAAAGCAUCUUCAUCAAUCAGCCAAAAUUUAUCUGGUCUCAAAAAGUUAUAUGAGUGUGUUGAAGAUUUCCUUUCUACCCAAGAUGGGGAAUGCUUAGACUCUGGUUUGGAUGGAUCUAUCAAGGUGUUGGAUGUUUGUAGUAUUGCCAAGGAUGUUUUGUCUCAAAUGAAACAAUCCGUUCAAGAAGUCCAAUCAUCCAUUAGAAGAUCAAAUGAAGUUUCUGAAUACAUGAUCUCAAGAAAGAAGAUCACUAAGGUGAUCCGCAAGUGCCUUUCAGAUCUAAAAAACAAGAAAAUCGACUCCGAAAGUAGUAUCCUAAGAGAAGUUGAAGCAACUACUCUUGCUAUUCUUGAAUCUCUAUUGUCCUUUGUGUCUGAGCCAAAACAAAACAAGUCCUUGAUCUCUAAAUUGAUUCUCAACAAGCGAGUUGCACACAAAUGCGAUGAAGAAACUUCUGAAGUGAUGAACGUUUGA